AUGCCCAGGGAAGACAGAGCGACUUAGAAGUCAAACUACUUCCUUAAGGUCAUCCAACUUUUGGAUGAUUACCCAAAAUGCUUCAUUGUGGGAGCAGACAACAUGGGCUCCAAGCAGAUGCAGCAGAUCCACAUGUCCCUUCAAGAAAAGGCCUCAGUGCUGAUGGGCAAGAACACCAUGGUACACAAGGCCAUCAAGAGCUGCCUGGAGAACAACCCAGCUCUGAAGACACUGCUCCCUUACAUCCAGGGGAAUGUGGGCUUUGUGUUCUCCAAGGAGGACCUCACUGACAUUAGGGACAUGCUGCUAGCCAAUAAGGUGCCUGCUGCUGCUCCAACUGGUGCCAUUGACCCGUGUGAGGUCACUGUGCCAGCUCAGGACACUGGUCUGGGACCUGAGAAGACCCUGUUCUUUGAGGCUUUGGGCAGCACCACUAAAAUUUCCAGAGGCACCAUUGAAAUUCUGAGAGACGUGCAGCUGAUCAAAACUGGAGACAAAGUGGGAGCCAGUGAGUCCACGCUGAACACCUCCUCCUUCUCCUUCCGGCUGAUCAUCCAGCAGGUGUUUGCCAAUGGCAGCAUCUAUAACCUGGAAGUGCUUGACAUCACAGAGCAGACUCUGCACACUUGCUUCCUAGAGGGUGUCCGCGAUGUUGCCAGUGUUUGUCUGCAAAUUGGUUACCUGACUGUUGCCUCAGUGCCACACUCUAUCAUCAAUGGAUACAAGCGGGCCCUGGCCUUAUUUGUGGAGACCAACUACACCUUCCCACUUGCUGAGAAGGUCAAGGUCUUCUUGGCUGAUCCAUUUGCAUUUGUGGCUGCUGCCCCUGUGGCUGCAGCCACCACUGCUGCUGCUGCAGCCCCAGCCAAAGCUGAAGCCAAGGAAGAGUGGGAGGAAUCAGCUGAGGAUAUAGGAUUUGGUCUCUUUGAUUAA